CACAGGAGCCCAGGUGCAGGUAGCAGGGGACAUGCUGCCAAACUCGACGGAGCGCGCGGUGACUAUAUCGGGCACUCCCGACGCUAUUAUCCAGUGUGUGAAACAGAUAUGCGUGGUUAUGCUGGAGUCCCCACCCAAAGGUGCCACCAUCCCCUACCGUCCCAAACCUGCCUCUGCACCUAUCAUUUUUGCAGGUGGCCAGGUAAGAGCAGACACCAUUUUGGCUUCAGCUGGAAACCACACCGUCUUGGCCCAACCUCAGCCAGCGCCUGCGUUCACGAUUCAGGGGCAGUAUGCCAUCCCUCAUCCAGACUUGACCAAGCUUCACCAGUUGGCUAUGCAGCAUCCCCCCUUUACUCCCCUUGGGCAGACCACCCCUGGUUUCCCUGGACUGGAUGCCAAUACUCCAACCAGUUCCCAUGAACUUACUAUUCCCAAUGAU